GAGUUAUUACAUUUUUGGGUUUUGAGUCCAGGGUUUUGCACUUUGGGUUUAGGAGACUACCGUUUACCCAAGUUUAGUCAUUCCGCCACCAGUGCGUCACCGCCAGCCACCGGGCUCGCCGCCGCUACUGAUCUCUCCGACCCAACUCUAAUAGAAAACCCCUAAACAUCGUUCAUAUUUUCCGAUUCUACACCCACAUAACUCAUUUAUUUAGUUUUGAAGCUCAAACUGAAAUAUUGCAGAACAUGUGGUACCUAUGCGUCUUCUAUCAUAGAUUACUUGACUACAGGAAACCUGAAGUUGAGUCUUUGGCUGAGCUUUUUGGUGCUUUCAGCAAAGGAGAGCCAACAAACAAUGGUGACUUAAAAAGCAAUUGCAGUAAUUCACUUGAAUGGAAGCUUCCAGAACAUCACCACCCUGACUCGCCUUUUCACUUAGUUAGUCUUCCUUCUGAAGAAAUCGCCCGUAAUGUUGCAAAUCGAAGUAUUCUUGUAAAAGGAAUCUUUGAACUCUGGGGAGAAGGAAGUAGCCUUGAAGAACUAGAAGAGUCUAUUAUAAAGUAUCCUGAUGAGCGGAAGCAGCCAUACCUGACAUCUGAUAGCACAUUCAAGAUUGCUGUUGACACCUUUGGGAAGGCUAUCAGCUUUGAGGAGCAAAAUGAGCGUAUUCGAUCAUUCUCCUACAUCCCUUUCAAGGGCCGGGUGAACUUAAAAAAUCCUGAUCAUACAUUCUGGCUCAUAGAAACGGACAAUUAUGGUUCUAGUAAUGGACUGCCACCCAUCGUGGGAAGGAAAGUCUUUUUUGGUCGAGAGAUUGGUGCUGCUGAUAGGAAGCUUUUGCCGACUUAUCAGUUAAAAAGUCGUACUUAUCUUGGUCCGACUGCCAUGGAUGCCGAGAUGGCAUUCCUGAUGGCGAACCAAGCACAGGCCAAACCUGGGAGGCUUGUCUAUGACCCUUUUGUGGGCACAGGAAGCAUUCUAGUUGCAGCAGCCCAUUAUGGGGCAAUGACAAUGGGUGCAGAUAUUGACAUUCGGGUAGUGCGUGAUGGGCGUGGUCCAGAUUGUAAUGUCUGGAGCAACUUCAAGCAGUAUGGAUUGCCAACGCCUGUUGCUUUAUUAAGGGCAGACAACAAUCUUCCUCCUUGGCGUUCAGGAUUGAAAGAGGUUUUCGAUGCCAUAAUAUGUGAUCCUCCCUAUGGAGUCCGUGCUGGAGGACGUAAAUCUGGUGGCAGGAAGCUUUUGAAAGGAGUAAUUGAUCCAUAUACCGUUCCUGAUGACAAAAGAACAGGCCACAUACCAUCAACUGCUCCUUACAGCUUAGUGGAAUGUGUGCAUGAUUUGCUUGACCUUGCUGCUAAGAUGCUCGUGAUGGGUGGCCGGCUUGUGUACUUUUAUCCAGUAUUAAGAGACAACGAGUCAGCUGAUACUACUUUUCCAGAGCACCCCUGUUUCAAAUUGGUUGCUACCUCAGAGCAGAUGCUGAGCUAUAGGUACAGCAGGGUACUACUAACCAUGGUCAAAAUUGAACCAUAUACUGAAGAAAUUGAAUUAGCAGCAAGGAUCAAACAUUUGGAGUUCAAGGAAAACCAUCUGAAGUGGUUAGAAGAAGGUAAUCUUCAUUCAGCAGUUUUUAGUCCUGCCGACAUUCACCUUAAAGUGUCAGGUGAUACAAAGAUUGGUAAAGAAUCAAAGGGAAAGUAUAGAGGCAAAUAUGUCUAGACCAAAGCUGACAUCCAGAUUUUCAUGGGGCAGUCAAUCAAUACUAAUUUUCUCAGACCGUUAGCAUUAUUUAUCUAAGUGAUGGUGAUGAGAAGUCAACAACCCCAAGAUAGUAGGGAAGUUCAUUAAUCCUUCUUGGAAAUACUCGUUCUACUAUUUAGUCUACUAGGAGAUUGUAUUACAGUUGGAACUGAUUAUCAGUUCUCGAUACACAUCAGAUGUACUUGACUGUUUCCUUGGUGCAUCUUACUGCCUGUCCAAGAGGUGUAUUGAGCAAAAACUUUGGACAACUUCAUCUAGCUUAGAAACAUGUGACAUCUGGACUUGUUGACUCUUGAUCAGUUAGCAUAUAUUUUUUCUUUCCAAAAGUUAUCUCA